UCUCAUUUCUUUUCCAGUUGGAUUCUUGAAUUGUGGCUGUUAUGCCUGAACCAGCGAAAUCAGCUCCGGCCCCGAAGAAGGGCUCUAAGAAGGCGUUAACCAAAGCGCAGAAGAAGGACGGCAAGAAGCGCAAGCGCAGCCGCAAGGAGAGCUACUCCGUGUACGUGUACAAGGUGCUCAAGCAGGUGCACCCCGACACGGGCAUCUCGUCCAAGGCUAUGGGCAUCAUGAACUCGUUCGUGAACGACAUCUUCGAGCGCAUCGCGGGCGAGGCGUCGCGCCUGGCGCACUACAACAAGCGCUCGACCAUCACGUCUCGGGAGAUCCAGACCGCCGUGCGGCUGCUGCUGCCCGGGGAGCUGGCCAAGCACGCCGUUUCUGAGGGCACCAAGGCCGUCACCAAGUACACCAGCUCCAAGUGAGCGCUCCUUCCUCUA